GUUUUCAAGGCGCAUUCCCGAUUUCAGCAUCACUGUCGAAUCGUGUUGCAGAGUUGUUAGAAUUUUCCAUUUUGGAAUAAUCGAGUUGUGGUUGCAUGGCGGAUGAUACGGUCGUCGAGGAACCUAAAGUAGUUCAACAGCAGAAGGUUGACGUAUUUACACACUCGUCGACUGGAUUUCCAGGUGCUUGGUCAGAGGAAGACAUCUCUGCUUUGUUGGAGGCUUGGGAAGAUGUGGUGAACCUUCCUCGUUCGCCGUCCAGGCGAUUCGAUGCAGCCCAGAAGGUAAUAGGUCGCUUGCGCAAGAAAGGAUUUCGCUGGGUCGAGAAAGAAGAUGUCAAGAAACAGAUGAAUACCUUGAGGACUGAAUACAAAACGUAUCUGGGUCUUGUGAAAAUUGGGAUCCCGACUCAGCAAGCGCCCUGCUUGGACCGGCUAGAAAAGAUUCUGGGGAAAGCAGGGGACGGGAGACCUGCUAGACGUCGUCAGGACUCGGAAACCGCCAACAACGUGGACGGCGGAGCCUCUGAAGAUUCGGACUACUCGCAUCGCUUGUCCGUUGGGGAUGAGGAAGGAGGUGCGAACAAAGUCACGACUACAAAUAAUGAAGCAGGAAACGACGAGGCUUCUAACCAAACGAAGCGAGUGCGAUUUCAACGCAGAAUGAGUAUUCAAAGAGUACUGAAAGCUAUGAUAAAUCAACAGCAAGCAACAUCGGAUAAUAUUCAGAGAGUCUUGAAGACUAUUGAGGACUCGAAUGUGAGGAUGAUUGACUUGCUAACUGAACUUGUUUCGCUCCAGAAGUUGAAAGGAACAAGUGUUGGAAACCAGACUUCAGAAGUCGUCGAAUCUACCGUUGAAGAUGAUUAAGUUUAUUUGAAUUUUUGAUUUUCGUUA